AUGAUCACAGGAGUAAUAAAUACGGAGAAAUUCCGACCUCCUCAAUUUUAUUCUUUAGAACAAGUCAACCAUCAUAAUAGUCCCGAAGAUUUAUGGAUGAUAAUUUAUAAUAAAAUAUAUGAUAUAACUGAAUUUGCUCAACAUCAUCCUGGUGGUGUUGAAGUAUUGUUUGAUUGUGGAGGUAUAGAUGCCACUGAAGCAUUUGAUGAUGUUUCCCAUUCUGAUGAUGCAUUUAAAAUGUUAGCACCUUACUUUAUUGGAGAUUUAAUUCCUCAAGAACAAAAAAUUUAUAAACAUAAUCAUAAUCGAAUUAUAAAAGAUUCACCAACUGUCAUAUAUCCAAAAGAUACUAAAAUUGAAAAAGUUAUUAUUACAACGGUUAAUACUACUUCAAAUUUAAAGAUUAAAAGGAAAAAGAAAAAGAAUUCCUCUAAUUCAUCAAAUAAUAAAGUUGAAAAAUUAACUAUUUUAAUCUUAGUCAUAUUAGUUAUAUUUUCAUUAGCAUUAUAUAUUGGAGUUCAGAAAUUGAAAUGGUCUUAUCAUUUCCAUUCAUCAUAG